CCGGUGGUUAACGGGACAUCUCUGCGAACAAAGACAGACUCGAAUAUUUGCUGCAUGGCGGCUGCUAUUCCGUCGUCAGAAUUUGAUCCGCUGGUAUAUCUUAAUUCAGAACCACCAGACCUUGUGCAAUUCGAUGCUGAGCCGGACCCUUCAUUUUUCACUGACGACCUGGAGGCAUUAGAAGAGCAGCGUUUAGAGAUCGCGGAACGGAACCGUCAAAACAGAGUGGUCAUUCAAAGCCGCACCUGGAAACUAUCAGACGUGUUUCGGAGUGACGAAGAUAUACGCCCUGUAACACCUACAAAAUCUCACCGCCGCUUGAUCCAUAAAAGCAUCAUAUCCGAUACCAUUAUACCUUCGUCCCCACCGGUUGCAAUAAUGCCACUCAUUUCUUCGCCUCCUACACACCCAGCCGGCCCUCCUCUAGUGGAGGCACGGAAACGGAAAUCAGAAGUACCGCAACAAAUAGAUGAACCGAAGCGACAGAAAGUAGUUGGAGGCUUUGUCGAUGAUGAUGAUGAUGAUAACGAUCAAAUCGAGGCUUUACGGGAGGCUUACGAAGCAGAAAAUGUGUGUCGCAUGCCAAAGGUCAUUGGCGGCUUUGAUGAUGAUGAAGAUGCGCUAGCUGAGAUGCAUGCGAAUUAUUCUCCUUAUUCUGCACCUUUCCGAGAACAACAAGAGAAAUUGGAGAAAGCAAAAAUAUCAAGACGACUAGUUCCAGGGCCGUUUAUUGAAGAGGACGAUGAUUAUAAUUCCGUUGACGGCUUGGACGGUACCCAGGUGGAGAGCGAUUUCACUCUUCUUCAAUCAAUGUCAAAAGCAGCUACGACAGAGACAAUCCCAAGUACGACAGAAAGUUCGAAUAUAGGUUUUGGCGGAGCGUCUCUCUCUGGCACUACAAUUGAUAUAUCGCCAAAACAGGGAUUCAUUACAAUCAAGACUUGUGCGGGAAAGAUACAUCGAGUAAUUUCCCGGCAAGCCACGGCUGGUGUUUCGUACGAGAGACUCAUCGCAAGUCGCUCAACCCAGGCUCCAGGAAAAGCUCAACGGAGCUACUAUGGAAUUGAGAUCCACAAACUAUUAGAUGAGGCGGCUAGACAGAGAAAAGAUGAUGCGGACCGCGCGGAAGUUGCACGUCAAGUCCAACCGUCUAUUGAGCCUGUUGGCGUGGAUAAAAGUAAAGAGAAGUCGUCUAAUCUAAUGUGGACUGAGAAGUACCGUGCACGGAAAUUCACGGACCUGAUCGGAGAUGAGCGAACCCAUAGAUCGGUGUUACGAUGGCUAAAGAGUUGGGAUCAUAUUGUCUUCCCUGGACUUGCCAAUCCUAAGAAGUCACAAAAGGGGAAUGAUGAGGGUGAGCGAGCACACCGAAAGAUUCUUAUGUUAACCGGGCCCCCAGGGCUUGGCAAGACCACGCUUGCCCAUGUUUGCGCGCGACAGGCUGGAUACGAGGUUCUUGAAAUUAAUGCAAGUGAUGAUCGAAGCAAGGAUGUUGUCAAAGGCAGGAUCAAAGAUUCAGUGGGAACGGAAAACGUUAAAAGCGUCGGCAUGGAGACCGAUCCACACAAAGCUAGCAAAGCCGCUCGACCUGUUUGCGUUGUGGUCGACGAAGUUGAUGGUGUUGUUGGCGGUUCUGGGGCAGGUGGCGAGGGAGGUUUCAUCAAAGCCCUAAUUGAUCUAGUUAUGACGGAUCAGAAAAAUUCAUCCCGAGCUAACCAGGGCUCAUCAGUAGCAAAGAAAGGGAAGGGUGACAAUUUUCGACUCCUUCGACCAAUGAUCCUCAUCUGUAAUGAUGUAUACCAUCCUAGUCUGCGGCCUCUCCGUACUGCUAAUAUUGCCGAGGUCAUACAUGUUCGACAUGUACCUUUGGAAAACGUCAUUCAGCGGAUGAAAAUGAUUCUUGGAAGAGAGAAAGUUGCUUUUGACAAUGAUGGAGUCAGAAGGCUGUGUGAAGCCUCUUGGGGUAUAACUGCUAAGAAAGACCGCACUGACAUUAAUCGCGGCACUGCUGAGGGUGACAUACGAAGUGUGCUUGUCUCUGCCGAGUGGGUGGCGCGAAAAUUGCGUGCCACAACAGCAGAUCCUCGAUUGACGAGAGGAUGGCUGGAGAAGCACAUUCUUGAUGACUCUCAGCGAGACGGCUCCUCAAAGGGCCUUGGCAGAGGAGGGAUCCGUGACGUUGUUAAUCGUGUCUUUGUCGAAGGCGCAGGUUUUCCAGCACCUCCAGUUGGAGCCGACUCAUUCAUGGAUCCUUUCGAAAGGGAGAAAACCAAGACACCGGUGGGAGUUGCAGAUUUACGGAGACGCCAUGCGAUUACAAAAUUACGUGAGAUGGUUGAGACAACUGGCGACUACGAUCGAUGUAUCACGGACUGCUUCAUAGCCUAUCCCACUCGAGCUUUUCAGGACGAUACAUUUCUCUCGAAACCAAAUUCUGCGUACGAUUGGUUGCACUUCCAUGAUAUGGCCUCUUCGAAGGUAUACACAAACCAAGACUGGGAGAUGAAUCCAUAUCUUAGCCAAUCAGUUGUUGCAUUCCACCACCUUUUCGCAAGUUCCAAAGGCUCUUCAGUAAGAAACAAUAAGAUGGUCGAUGACAAUGAAAGUGAGGAAGAGCAUCCGUUCUCAGGACCGAGAGCAGAUUUCGCAGCAUUCGAGGCCCUCAAACAGAAUAAAUCGAUCCUCGUUGGAUUCCAGUCAACUUUUUCGGCACCUCUACUGAGACUGUUCCGCUCUUUGGAUUGUGUAGCCACCGAUCUAGUUCCUAGCUUAAUGCGCAUCCUAUCCCCAGAUGUGAAGCCUGUUGUCGUACGAGGCAGCGAACAGAAGAGUGUUGCUAGUGUGCGCAAGGAGAGCGAGAAAGUUCUGGUCCGCGCUGCAGUGAGGGUCAUGGUUGGACUUCGCGUGACUUAUGAAAAAGCUCGAGUGGAGAAUGAAGGUGUCCACGGGGGGUGGGUUUACAGAUUAGAACCACCCAUUGACACCCUUAUUGGCUUCUCAAAAAUCAAAGGCACUAUCCUUGAUGCUGGUGGUUCGGGUCCUGUGCGAUAUGCUGUUCGACAAGUGCUAGAUCAGGAGUACCGCAAGGAGACGAUGCGAAAACAGUCCGAAUACUCUCAAGCCAAGUACGGUGGCUCGUCCAGCAAAGGUGGAGACCCAAAUGAAGAUGAUGAUAAGGAAAAUGGAGCAACGAAAGCGAAGCGGGACAAUCCUGGUGCGAAGAGAGAUUUCUUCGGCCGAAUCAUUAAUGAAUCUCUGUCUACUACAUCAGACAAAGAUAACCAUACCCACAAACGCAAAUCCAGUGGACAAAAGCAAGGACAACACAAGGUUUGGGUGACUUUUCAUGAAGGGUUCUCGAAUGCGGUUCGCAAACCGAUUUCCCUGAGUGAAUUGCUGGCCGAGUUGUAGAUGGAAGCAGCAUGUAUUGAUUUGUAUUCAAACAGCGUGAGAUGAUUAACGAGACUAGUGUUUAUAUUAUAUAAAUGAGUAAACUGCAUAGAACAUC